AUACUUUUAAAACCUUAAAGUGCAGUUCUGUUAAAACUCUGCAAAAGGAUUGUGAAAUAGAAUGGCGCGGUCGUUAAUCAUCAACACUUUUUGGAUAUUGUUUAUGCAAUUCAUUUUGAUAGUUAAAGGAUUUAAGCCAGAAGACACAGCUUGCGAUGUUUUUGACUUAGAGCCCGGACGAGUUCUUCGAUGUACAGAUAAAGACAAUAUCCCCGUCACUGCUGCCUCAGAAGUUCCUCCUGGAUCAACGUGUGACAUCAUAUGUCCAUAUAAGGAAGUUAAAGCUUGGGUCACAUGUGAUGAUGGGAAAUGGAAUGAUUACUAUUUGACUUAUUGUAAGGAGGCACUCACUACGCAGAAUUCACGUCUCUCACGACCGAAGCGAUGGUUCCGGUUUCGCAGAAUUUUUCGGGCGAUCGGUCGAUUCUUCCGCUGCUUGUUUGGGUGUUCAAGGCGUCGAGAUAACACACCACCAAGCUUAAGAUGUCCACAGAAUAUACACAAAAUUGCCGAAAAAUUACAGACAUGGACAGUUGCUACUUGGGUGGAACCAACAGCGAACGAUGGACGGGAUGGAGGAAUCACUCCAACGAGGGAAGGAAAAGCAUCUGGGAGUUACUUCAGUUCUGGUGUGACUGCUGUCGGAUACUAUGCUCGAGACCGAAGUGGAAAUAUGGCAAGAUGCACCUUUACCAUUACUGUCACAGUCGUACGUUGUCCUUGGCCGUCCCGAGUUAGUAAUGGAUACUUCAUCUGUCACCCCAGUGACGAUGCCAGGUAUGGAGCGACUUGUCGUUUCGGUUGUUACCCUGGAUACCAACUGGUAGGAAAUACUCAGCUGGAGUGCCUUGUAACUGGACAUUGGAACCAUAUUCCUCCACAUUGCGAAAAAAUAACAUGCCCGGUACUUCCACCACCUGUUGGAAAUUUGAAUUACGUAUGCACCGACGAUAACAAAUUCCGCAGCAUAUGCACGUAUGCUUGCACUGCCGGAUAUGACAUCACCCCUGGUAUGUCACGUGUUCGAGUCUGCACCGCGUAUGGCAUGUGGCGAGGAGCAGAACCUACUUGUACAGAUAUCGAGCCUCCCAAACUACAGGGAUGCAUGCACACAGUGUACGGUUUUGCGGACAGAAAUUCGACAACUGGUGUGGUAACAUGGAGAGAACCUACCGCCCUGGAUAAUCAUGACGCUGUUGUUAAUGUUGUAAAGGUGGGGAGUGUAUCACCAGGUGACAGACUCCCAGCAGGAAGUUAUAAAAUAAUAUACAAAGCUACGGACGCCGCAGGAAACCAAGCGCAGACGUGUAAAACUGAAAUUGCUGUGAAAGUUUUGAAGUGUCCCGUAGUAUACCCUACGCCUUUCCUAAGUGUUACAUGCCCUUGGGGGACAAAGUAUGGGAGUCAAUGCGAGUUUAAUUGUGAUCCCGGAUCAGUGCGCAAUGGGUCUAAAAUUGUCGUCUGCGAAAAGAGCGGAAGUGGUAACUACGGAUAUUGGACGUGGGGAGACAGACAACCCUAUUGUCAAGUUAUCCAGAAAUGUAUCAAAGAACCAAACGUUCCCCAGAAUGGUGCUCUCGCUUGUGAUUAUUGGCUCGGUGGAAAAUUUUGCCAAAUGCUGUGUAAAUCGGGAUAUGACGUACAACUUGGGCAGAGCUUUGUCGAUAUGCUUGUAUGCGGUGAUAGUGGUCAGUGGCUGCCAGCCGGGUCUCUUCCCCUUCCAGACUGCGCAGAAAGUAGAUUGCCGAGAAGGGGGAAAAUCCCGAUGUCUGCGACAUAUUAUUUUACUGGGGAUUGUACAGAUCUGGCAGUCCAAGAUAAAAUCAAAGAAAAAUUCAUCCAAACGCUAUCGGCAUCUGUGUUUAAGGAUGCAUGCUUGAUUCACGCAAAAGAUUGUAAUGUGGAAAAUGUACAGGUGAAAUGUGGUCAAAUAGCGCGCAGGAAGCGUUCUAUUGACGGGACAUUACGUAUCUACUUCGAUAUUGCAGCAAAAUUCGAUGAUGCAACUUUUAAUGAAUCCUUCACACAAUUUAGACGACAUCAGUCUGAAAUAAUAGAUAUCAUCAUUGAGUCUAAAACUACAGGGACUUUAGAUUUCAACAUUAGUCAAAUCGCUCUCAUGGAGGCAACAGACAUAGACAAUCUCGAUGUUGUGUUAGAAUGUCCAGAAAACACAAUACCGUCUUACAAAACUACUUCUUGUGUUGAAUGUCCGGAAGGAGCAUUUUACAACAAAGCGACACAAACGUGUGAAAUGUGCUCACGUGGAAAAUACCAACCUUCCUCCGGACAGUCUUAUUGUCUGUCUUGUCCAUUGGGUCAAACUACUAGAACGACGGGGACACAUUUCCUUUCACAGUGUGAAGAGGGAUGUGAACCAGGCUCCUGGUCCCCGAAUGGUACACCCGAGUGUUCUCUUUGCAUGAUUGGAACCUUCAGUGAUUCAUAUGGUGCCUCUCAAUGUACUCCAUGUCCAGGGUCAAAAUCCACAACAGAGGAGGGGUCAAUAAGCAUUACACAAUGUCAAGAUUUUGACUUACGCAUGACGGAAGUUGGAAGUGAAGCAUCAGCUGGCGUUGCUGUUCCAUUUUCUAUCGAUACUAUUAUCACAUUUUGGCUUCAGAGAGAAACCUUUACAGGAAACGAUUUUAGACUUGAAAUAGUCAACGUAAAUACUGGUACUUUGACAUUCUAUCUGGCUUUUGGUGCGGAAAUUAAGAUAGGAAAACAAGGAUAUGAAAACACGACGAACUAUAUUUCUGAUAAUGAAAGAUGGCAUUCAUACGUGAUAAAGCAUGGCACCGACUCCACGGAACUGUACGUGGACGGAAGAUUAGAAGCAAAAUCAUACUUAGCUAUAGAUUUCCGUGGGAAUAUGACGGUAUCCCUGAAAGGUCGGGGAACCGUCUCUGGAUUAAACAUAUGGAAUAUGAAUUCAACCACUUUUACAUUGAUUAUGAACAAAUCCCAAAAAUGUAACACUGGUGAAUUGGGAGACUUGGUUAGCUGGAAAGCAUUUGAACUUGCGUCUAAUGACAAUGUUUUCAAACAAGCACCGAGUGAAUGUGACGAUGUUAACGACUGCCUCUCCAAUCCCUGCUUGAACGGAGAUUGUAUCGAUCUACUUGGGGGACACGAAUGUCAUUGUUAUUUUGGGUUUUAUGGAGACAACUGUGAAGAGAACAUAGACGAUUGCAUUGACCACGCAUGUGAAAACAAUGCAACCUGUGUAGAUGGCGCUGCAAACUAUACAUGUCAAUGUCAAUACGGAUAUAAAGGAGAAUUAUGUGAAAUAGCAAUGGUUGAUGGGUCAUGGGGAGACUGGGGUGAGUGGUCGUCCUGUUCAGUAACGUGUGGGAAUGGAACACAACAAAGAUCUAGAAUUUGUAACGACCCAGCUCCUGACAACGGGGGACUGGACUGUCCAGAUAACAGCACAGAAAGUCAGAUAUGCAACGAAACAAAAUGCCCAGAAUGCAGUUCAUUAGAGCGACUUGACAACGUAAUAUGGACAUGCACAAACGACAGCGAUAAUAUAAACUGCACUAUAGACUGUGCUGCUGGAUAUGACUUCGAUCACGAAAUCAAACCCUAUUAUUUAUGUGGAAUCGACACGUUCUAUCUGUGGGAUUUUCAGACAGAUGACAAUCCAGAUAGGAAAAUGCCUUCUUGCUCAGAAAUAAAAGAUAGUAAAAAGUUGCAAGUAUCGUAUGUGGCAUCUUAUAAAGACUUAGAGUGUGACACCUCAAUCAAAUACAAAGAUACACAUAAAUUCAUACCCGAGGCAGUUCAACUUGGACUCAACAACAUUGAAUGUGUUUCCACUGGAGUCUGCUUCCUGGACAGAGUAACAGUCACAGAAUGCAAUCAACGACAAAAGAGGUCUACUGUGACGAGCAACGCGGGAGUUGAUGUGUCUCUGUCAUGUGAUCCUGCCGUCCAUGGAACAGAAACCUGUUACACGUUAUUGUAUGCAGCAGUGAAUGAUAUACAAUUAAUGGCUAUGAAUCAAACACUUGAUGUUGAUAUACAAGGAAGCAUAUAUAAAAUUGACCCAGACAGCGCCUCAGCUGAUGGUACAGUGUCUUGUCCAACAGGAAUGGUCCAGAUGAAAUUUUACUGCAUUCCGUGUGCUCCUGGGCGUUAUUUUAGAGAUAACGAAUGCCUCGUGUGUGACUUUGGGACUUACCAAGAUCGAUCCGGGCAGCUUUCUUGUAAGGAAUGCCCGGAUGGAACAACCACUCCUGGGAGAGAGUCUCGGAGUGUGACUGAGUGCUCUGUCAAAGUGGAUACCAGUGCUAAUGAAUCCAUUCCAAUAAUUGCUGGUGUUUUGAUAUCAGUUCUGGUACUGACCAUUGUUGUAAUAUCUACCAUCGUUUUUAGACGAUAUUUACAUCAGUCCAACAAAAAGAAAGACAUGGUGUCAUCUUCCAUAUUGAACAUACAAUCUAGGGAGCGGAAAUUUGUUUCAAAAACUUCCUUUGACCGUGUGCAAUUGUCACGGACAUGGGAAAGUCCCUCAAAACAAUCAAUCCCAUCGACAAUAAAAGACAGUAAAGAAAAUGAUGAUAUAGAUGUGAUCUAUUUAGAAAAGUAGCAGAAACCAUCUUCACUUUUCUGUGUACAAAUUGAUAGUUGUAGAACUUUUAACUUGUAGAAAGAACUUGAUAAAUUGUAAACAGUUACAAAGUACGAGUUACACUUCAUUAGUAAGAGUGUGGGACAGGGAAAUUCCACCGAGGGGACAACAUUCGCAGUCUAGGACGAGGCUUUGCCGAGUCCUAGACAGCGAAUCUUGUUCCAGAGGUGGAAUUUCCUUAUCCCACACGAGUAAAUAAUGAAGGAUUAUUUUUCUCACAUUUUACCUACAGUUUAGUGCAUAGAUUUAGGAGCUUUGAGAAAAUUCUAAAUUAUCAAAAUCCUCAUUUAAACUUCGAUGCAAAAACUAAUUAGAUAGACAGAAAGAGCCUACCCGAAAAUAGUUUACAUUGUGUAAACUAAAAAACCCAAGGUUGUUCACCAGAAAGUUAUACUACAUUAAAAUUUAAACAAAAAACACAAUAUUGUUUUUACUUCACCGCUUAACAUAAAUUUUCACCGGGUAACGUAAAUCAUAGAAAAUGUAUUACGUCACAAUCAAAUUACGUCGCAGCAGUGUAAGACAGAAAAUCGCACAUGUAUGUCUCACAUGAGUAAAGUCGAUCUCACACUAGUGAUAAUGUGAGAAAUAUAUAUCAUAUACUUUGUAAUGAUUAUGCAGGUUCUGCACUGCACCGUGAUACCGGUGACGUCACAAUAGCCAAUAAGACCCGUCCAAAAAUCCAUAUCACAUAUCAGACCGACGUGCAAAAAUGCAUAUCAAGCCGAAAAUUAAGUAUUCGCCCGUAAUAAUCAGUGUAUCAAAGUUUCUAUCAUAGUAUCUGUCUAUCUAUCUAUCUAACUAUCUAUCUAUCUAUCUAUCUAUCUAUCUAUCUAACUAUCUAUCUAUCUAUCUAUGUAUCUAUCUGUAUCUAUCUAUCUAUCUAUCUAUCUAUCUAUCUAUCUAACUAUCUAUCUAUCUAACUAUCUAUCUAUCUAUCUGUAUCUAUCUAUCUAUCUAUCUAUCUAUCUAUCUAUCUAUCUAUCUAUCUAUCUAACUAUCUAUCUAACUAUCUAUCUAUCUAUCUAUCUAUAUAUUGAUUUUAUUUACGUGCAUAGAUUGCAAUACAUCUAAAAAAGGAUUCUUACAUGUCCUUCUAAGGAACGGUGCUUAUGCGUUAUAACGCAUUAUAAAUAAGUUGUUAGGACUUUGUACAUGCAUAUAUUAUAACGCAUUAUAAAUAAGUUGUUAAGAUUGUGUACAUACAUGCAUUAUAACGCAUUAUAAAUAAGUUGUUAGGACUUUGUACAUACAUGCAUUAUAAAUAAGUUGUUAGGACUUUGUACAUACAUACAUUAUAGCGCAUUAUAAAUGAGUUGUUAGGACUUUGUACAUACAUGCAUUAUAAAGCAUUAUAAAUAAGUUGUUAGGACUUUGUACAUUCAUGCAUUAUAAAGCAUUAUAAAUAAGUUGUUAGGACUUUGUACAUACAUGCAUUAUAACGCAUUAUAAAUAAGUUGUUAAGAUUAUGUACAUACAUGCAUUAUAACGCAUUAUAAAUGAGUUGUUAGGACUUUGUACAUACAUGCAUUAUAAAGCAUUAUAAAUAAGUUGCUAGGACUUUGUACAUAUAUGCAUUAGCUCAUAUAUAUAGUAUAUCAAUUUCACUUUGCAUGUUCGAUCUCAUCAUUGAAAUAUUUUCAAAACGAUCAGUAAAGUUGGACGAUCAAAAGGUUGAUUUUUUGGAACAUAACUGAGAAUCUAAUACAAUACUUUAUUACAAAUUACACCCGGAAGUGUCCUUGAUCGUACUAGCGCUUAGUGUCGGAUCUAAAAUGAAAUGAAUUAUGACCUUCCGUUGUAGAAUACUUUGAAUGUGAACACCUAUUUAAAUGCCAUAAACCGGUACUUAGCACUUCCAAUCGGUUGUGAAUAUGAUAGAAAAUAUGGCGAUUUGUUUGGCACCCCCUCGUCUGAUCUUAAUCACUAUUUAAGGAAACACGACAUUUCACGAAUAUGAUCAUUAACAUUUUCCAAAUAACCUGACAGAGAGCCAAAAUGACACGCAGUAUCAGCGUCUUACUGAAUGACCCACGUUAAAUGAACAAUGAUGUAGUUUAAAUACUAUUUAAAGAUCUUCAUCAUAUUGAAGUUAUCAAGUUGUUAUGCGAUUAACCUUUUAGUUACUUUCAGAUAAGUAUUUUGCUUUAGUACAUUGUAUUAUUUGAUCAGACAGAAAAUUAAUUUCGUUGAAAAUGUUCUGAAGACGAGUUUGAAUACAAUAAAAAUUCGAAGUAUU